GCAGAAUAAAAAGUUCUCGCUGCUCGGCAAUAAAGUGGUCGUACGUCCGUCACGCCAUGAAUCAAGGCUUGGCUCCGUGAUCCGAAGUGGAGCAAAAGACAUCCGUUCCGUUGCGAUAUACAACCACGUCUGUCGCCGUUUCGCUCCUUCAUCUUCGACCGUUUUCCUCAGCAAUCGAUUGCUGCCCGUCCUUUUGUUCUUGUGGUCAAGCAUCUCAAGGGUCUUGACAGCUGUCAAAGCGCGAGCCGCAUCUUCCAAGCAGCGCUGGGCUUCAUAGGGGUCCCAACAGAACUUCAAAACCGCAUUCCACCGCCGCCUUCCGCCCGCUCUAUCGCAUCAUGGACAUCGUGCUAGAGGGCUUCGAUACCUUCUUGUUUGACCCUAUCUACGCUUCCCUCUUUCCCCUCGCACAGACCCCGAGCCCGUACGGCUUCCUCGGAAACAACGCGAGCGCGCUCGCAGGAACCGUCAAAGACAUACCGGCCCUGCAACACAACCGCUGGGAGUAUAAGCCGGCCAGCCAAUAUUUGUCCUUCACACCAUCAGACGCCGCAUACCAAACCUCCUGGCCGAGAGAUGACCCGCGACGUCAGUUUUUGAGCUUGUUUGCCAUCACCUGGGUAUUUGGAGCAGUCUUGUACUUCGCAUUCGCCUCCCUCUCGUACGUCUUCGUUUUCGACAAGGCAACGUUCAAUCAUCCAAAGUACUUGAAGAACCAGAUCCGCUUGGAGAUAUGGCAGACGCUACAGUCUCUGCCGGGCAUGGCCUUGCUGACAGCAGUCGCCUUCUGGUUUGAGGUCCGUGGCUACAGCAAGAUGUAUGACACGACCGCAGAGGGACCCGGCAUGUGGUACAAUGUCCUCCAGUUCCCCAUCUUCCUCCUCUUCACAGAUUUCUUCAUCUACUGGAUCCACCGUGGUCUGCACCAUCCCUUGGUGUACAAGCACCUACACAAGCCCCAUCAUAAGUGGAUCAUGCCCACGCCUUUCGCGUCGCAUGCCUUUCAUCCCCUGGAUGGCUUCGCCCAAUCGAUCCCCUAUCAUGUCUUUCCGUUCGUGCUACCGCUGCAAAAGUUUGCGUAUAUUGCUCUGUUUGUCUUCAUCAACAUCUGGACCAUCAUGAUCCACGACGGCGAGUACAUUGCCAAUUCGCCCGUCAUCAACGGUGCUGCCUGUCACACCAUGCACCACCUUUACUUCAACUACAACUAUGGCCAAUUCACCACCCUCUCGGACCGCCUGUUUGGCAGCUAUCGCAAGCCAAACGAAGAGCUGUUCCAGAAGGAAAAGAAGAUGAGCAAGGAAGAAUGGAGCCGCCAGAGCAAGGAGAUGGAAAAGAUGGUUCUUGAAGUAGAGGGGGAGGAUGACAGGUCGUAUCUUCCUGAAGACAAGAAGAAGCAGUAAUCGCUUUAUCCUAACGCCAACGGAUACUGGUCUUCUUUGGCACCAACUUUUUUCCUUGGGGGAAGCAUUUCGAUGAAGUCAAUCGAAGUCGGCCGAACCAACUAAUGAAAGCUUCUUGAGGCUCUGCUGCCGCAGUUUGAAUCUUAUUCAACUCAUCAUACUUUGUCAAACAUGACAAACUAAUGUAAAUAAUUUCAGAACACUAAUCUAGCGUAAGGAAUGCUCAGAAAGAUUUCAUCACACA